CAUUAGAGAUAGUUGCGCAUGUCAUGACGUCAUAAUGAGGGCGGGAUUUAUGGAGUCAGCUGCUGUAUGUUAACAAAAACAUGAGACCAUUAACCGAGGAGACGAAAACGGUACACUGAUGUAAUGUGACAAUACAACAGGGACAGUGUUAAAGGUUCAAUAUGAAAAAGCACAAAGAAAGGAGGCAUUCCAAGAGCAAGAAAGACUCGCCGAAAGACGAGAAGGGAGACGCUGGCGCGAUGAGCCUUCUUCGUCGUCUCGGCAACCAAAACCAAACUAUUCUUAAAAGCAGACAUAGUCUUAUAGAUCCAGAUGAAGCCAUUGAGCAACGACAAUCACAGGUCAACGCCACAAAUACAGCUGACGAUUCACUGGACAUAGGAUCGUCUGAUACUCCUGAUAUGUCUGGAUCUGAAGUGAAACCUGAUUGGUACGAAGACCUCACAGACGACCACACGUCCGCCUUCAAGGAAUUGUUCGAUAUGCUUGACGCUUCAAAAACGGGUUUAUUGAAUGCCAAUAGUCUGUAUGAGGGCUUAAAGAGAGUGGACAGUGAAAUCACAAAAGAAGAAGUGGAGAACGUAUUGAAGAAACUUGAUAAGGAUGGCAAUGGCGAGAUCGACUUCGAUGAGUUUCUGUUUCACAUGACACAGGGCGAUCUCUUGGGAGGCGAGUCUGAUGAUGAUAAUGACAAGAAGAAAGGGAGGAAAUUCUCGAAGCGACAGAGAUUGUUUUACACAGCAAUAACCGAGUUCUCAAAGAAAACAACUCUGGGGGACAUUGAGAGAUCGUAUUUGGCUCGUAUGCGCCAGGCACCCCAUGUCCUUAGUCAUUAUACUGCGGGUGUGCGCCUUAUAGGAUUAACAGAUCGCCAGCUCACACGCCAGUUUAAAAAGAUGCAGAAAACUGCCAAAAAUAUAAACUCGCCUUAUGCUAAACCGUUGCCAUUCGUUUCACAAAGUGGAUCGGUUAAACCAACUAGUAUCAGGAGACAGGUAGGGAGAAAGGCAAUAAGCAAAUACAAGCUGAAAGAGGAUAUGAAGCAUUCCCCUCAACAGUGCAAACCGACACUGAUAGUCACCCCAGCAUCAAUGUCUACCAAGGUGUUAGCGCAUACCGAAAGUGAUGCAAGGCCUAGAAUCGUCAUAGAUACUAUCCCGUCAGAUAACGCCACCCACAGAGGAGUACAGGCAACCAUCCAUGAAUCUUUGAAGAUGUGGGACAAACGUCACAUCAUUGUGUCCAAAUUACCAGGAAGUCAUCGUAUUAAUAAUCUGAGGGCAAAAAACAGAACAAACUUCAUCAAAUUGGAUAGCACCAAAGAAGAGGCCGAACCAGUUGAUCCUCGAAAACCAGAGCCCACCGUCGAUGAACAAGGUAACCAAAGUAGCAGUCGGAGAACAUCUGGUAAACCUAAGAUCGAUAAGGGAAAAGUACCUCUUCCUGUGUUAAAAAUCAAAAACCUGAAACACCGGCCGACUAUUGAUGACCUCCCUAACAUACGAGAAAAGGCGACCCAAGCAAUCAACGACUACUAUCAGAACAUGAGGAAAGCUACAGUUAAGGAUGCCUUCACUAACUGGGAUAAAUUAUAUGCCGAUACCAUUCGUCCUAAAAAACUACUGGAAAAUUUCAGGACAGUUUAUCGUGCUUAUUCACCACACAAGGAAGAAAACGCAUUUGUUGUUUGUCCUUGGAUGCCCGGCCCGUAUCGUCACUUCCGGACUAUAUUGACAAACCGGGACGAAGGAUCGCCGGAUUUUCGGAUGGAAAGAGUGUACAGGACUGGUCUAACUCCCGAUUCAACUAACAAGCGACCAUUUAGUCAUUGAUUAUUAAAAUAAACACACGACAUUUUCCUUUAGUCCAUAUUCAACCGGAAAUAUAGCUAUGGGAUCAUUUAUAUAUACUCAUUCAUUCUUCUGUACCAGAACAAUAUUAAAACGUGAAUUGCAAC